ACAAAUUGAUCAAAUCACGCAUGGCUUGCCGCGUCUAUCAAAAGUAGGUCACACAAUUUGCGCGGUAUUUCCGUUCUCGUAAACAAUAGGCCUGUCAAACACUAAGGCCUAUAAGCUCUGAAACAUGGCGUUCGUUUUAAAGCAUUUAAAGGAUUUGCUAAGCAUCCCAGAUGACACCAUUAUGCAGCUUACUUUGCCAGCAACUUUGCUGAUGUUUGCAGCUUCUGUGCCAUGGGGAAGAAAAACUCUUAUGAACAUCACGUCGUUUUUAUUUGCUAUCAAAGGAUUCGGUGUAUUGGUGUAUCCAGAAGCCGUAAAAUUCUGGUUCAACAAAGGCAGUCCAGAUGGCUUACACUUGCAGGAGAUGCGCGACAUUGGGAUUAUCAUGAUGGCGAUUGCAUUGACCCAUUAUUUGACCCGGGAAAGUAAUGACAAAGCAACAGAAAUCAACUUGCUGUGGUCCCGGACAGUGUUCUUUGGGGCAGUUUUCCUCCUGUGUGUUGUCCAGCUAAUAAAUUAUAAUGAAAAGGAAGCACAGACCUCUCUUUAUAUGAAGAAGCUUUCUGUAUUGAAUACUGGAUUGUACUUUGGAGCAUUCCUCAUCUACUCCCUGCGUGAGGAGGACUGGGGAGGAAGUAUUGAACAGUCAGCUUCCAAUACCACCCUGCAUCUCAAAAUUGACUUUGUCAUGUUCUUUCUACAUGGUAUAAUUGCCUUCUGUUUCCCAGGAACAAUUGCCACAUUCCAGACCAAACUGCCUGCUUUAGACUCCAUGCAUGACUUCUCUGCUCGAGUUAUGGGAGCAGGUUUUCUGGCCUUAGGAAUAACAUCAGGAAGAGCUAACAACUGCCACAGUGAGAGAGACAAACAAUCAAUUCUUCUCAGCCAUGGCCUGGCCAAUGGAUUGUUUUUCCUGACCAUGUUACUCUGCCAGGUGUUUUCCACCAUGUUCUCUCAGUGGCACAUCUACGGAAUGGCUGUGGUCUUUCUGGUGGCCGUCAAUGAUUUUGUAGGAUCCGAUGCAUAUGCCAAAAUACAGGACCUCAAAAGAAGAUUUGGAUCUACAAAGGAAGACUAAACUAGUCGUUCCUGAUCUACAAAAGGAGAGCCAUCUAGAAAACUACGUAAACAUUUGCAAUCUUUACAUACAUUAUUUGGUUGGUUUAAGAAGGUAUAAUGCACCAAUCAAAAUGUGUAAUAAUGUGGUGUUGGAAAUGUAUGAUGUAGCAAGAAAUUACAAUAUUAAAAAAAAAGAAAUUAAACACGCAGUCUUUAGCUUGCCAGCUUAAUGCCUUACAAGAUGGGUGAAGAAUUCUAAAUGUGAUUUUAUUUUUGCAUCAAUGGCUUACCUCCAAUUGAAAUAUUAUCAGUGUGAUAUCUCCCUCCUCAUCAAAAGUAUCGUGUUCCCCAAAAUCAAUUUUUGUACCAAUUUAAAAUGACGAGAUUAUUUUUUUGGAGAGACAUUUUGAAGUACUUUGUUGCUUUGUCUGUUAUAAUCUGAAUGUCAAAUCACCACACAAGUAUAAAAAAUGUAUAUUAUAUUUAUCAAUGUCAAACAAUCAAUGCAAUUAUCAUUUGCUUCACAAGAAAUCAUUUUUAUGUGAAGGGGGGGGGGGGGCCAUCAGAUUUCAUAACAAUGUAAGAAAUACUUUCAUACCCGCAGGUACAAAUGUACCUGUAGUCUUUAGAGAAUAUUGUAGGAGUGUUUUAAUGAUUGUUUUUGGAUUAGCUUCACAUUAUGUUAGUGUACACAUAGUAACACAAGUUGAUAGAAUGAAUUUUUAAUGCAAUAUAUAUUGGCAUUAUGUUAAGAAUUAAGUAUUAGAAAGGCUUUAUUGUCACUAGAGAACAUUGAUAUCUGCACUUCACAUUGUAUACCCCAGUAAUAUUGUUGGUGUGUUUUGAAUUCUAGAACCAGAGAUAAAACUUGAUAGUUUCAUACUUAUAACUUAUUACAAACUUACGAGUGAUACAAAGGCAGAUCUCCAAAAGUUCAGAGAGAAGAGUUCAGAUUUAUUGAUAUUGGAUAUUGUGUUAUACAUGUAAAUCUUAAUCAUGUAAUUCUGUGUCCAUUUAUUUAUGUAGUCAUCAUCAGAAAACAAAGUGUGAUUUAUGUUGAAAUGUAUUCCAUUGUGUUGGUCAGUGUAUCCUGUAUGUUGUGUGUAAAUUAAUAACCUGGUUAGAAUUUGAUGGGCAGGAUGUCACAAUGCGUUUUAUGGAAAAACCUCCAAGAGUCUUAAAAUGUCGCAUUAAUGUUAAUUGUUUGUGAUGCAAUGUUUUUCCAUUUUUUGUUUUACAGCAGUGUAUCUUUAGCUUUUACUGUUGAAGUAAAAACUCUAUGCAAGGAGUCAGCAAGAUGUAUAAAUUACAUUUCGCAGGCACUGGUUCAUCAGAUAUAGAAAAAAUAUUCUGUAUUUUCUCUCAGAUCACAAAUUGUGUUUUUCUUUGUUAAAACUGCCAUCACAAUCUGAACUAGAAUUCCAUGAUAUUUUACUCUUCCAUAAAGCCAUUUCAAGUCAGCUUUUUUAUCAAAGUUUGUCAGAUAGAUAUUUAAUGGUUGAAAGUACAUUGGUUGUCAAUGGUUGACUGUCUAUACAUCCAAUUUUUAAAAGAAAUAUUCACAUGAAUCAAACUCAAAAUGUUCAUGAGAGAUUGGUACAUAAAUAUAUAGUGUGUGACUUUUAAAGUCUUGCUAGGUACAAGUGCCCUGUGGGUGUGACUGAUCAACAAGGGACGUUUACUCCUCCACAAACACCUGAUCUCACUUCUGGUGUGUCCUGGGGUACGUUUUUGCCCUGAUCUUUACAGGAUUUUUGAGAUCAUUCACUGUUCAUUAUGUUCACCUUUUUCAUCUAGGAAAUCUCAAUAUUUUCAAGAGAUCAAGACUAUAUAAUGUAUUAAAUGCAAUUUCUUCCCAGCCCUGGUUCCACAGGACAAGAUUGGGGUCAGCAUUAAACAGGAAUAUUUACAAAACUAUAAUAAAAUCCAUCUCUGAACGAUUGUGAAGUUACUGAAGCAUCUUCCCAAAUUCAAGUUGGUCCAGUCUUAUGGGAUCUGCAGUUUUGUGCUAGGGGUCUAAAGCUGAAGACAACUUUGGUGAGCAUUGUUGUGGUCUUGUAAAAUUCAUAACAUGAUCAAGAGUACACAGAGAUAUGCAUGCAUGUUGUUUAGUUGUAUACAUCUUUUGCUUCAUAUUUGAUCUCCACUGGGCAGCAAUGUUAACUGUAGUCGAUGUUAAAUAAAGCUUUAUUUUCUGAA